AAGUUUCUAUGUUUAGGCAAUAAAAAAGAAAAAAAGGUUUUUGGAAAACUUAGAAAAUGCAGCGAGAAGAAAAACAGUUGGAUGCUGCCUUGGAAGCACUACUACAACGGAUAAAUGAUUUGAAAACUUCAAUUCGAACUCUUUUAUUUAGAUUGGAAAAUGAAUAUGCUUCCCUUAGUUGGCCUUCAUUUUUGGACAGUUAUGCCGUCAUAUCAGGCCAGAUGAACACGUUGCUGAAGGUUAUGAAAAACGAUAAGACUCCGCUUUUGAGGAACCUGAUAGUUUUACCUCUUGUCUUAAGCCCUGAUCCUGAUGAAGAACUCAAGCAAGCAACCGAAGGACGUGUUGUGGCUUUUUCACAUGACAUAACACCAGAUAUGUUACGAACAAAACCUGAUCCUGAUGUGGAGCAGCGACAAAAUCAGUUUGAGCAACGAGCCUCACAGGUUCCACCAGAAACAGCCCAGAAACAAAUUAAUGCAUUGAACAAGGUAGUUAAUCAUGUGUUGGAGCAAAUCACACAUUCCAGAGAGGACUGGGAGAAUGAAGCUACCGUGAGAGCUGCGGCCGCUCAAACCUGUGUGAUGGCUGAUACGCACACUCUAAUUGCAGCAGUGGGUUUGGGAAAGAACCUCAAAACCCUCCCCAUAGCAGCUCCUGCUCAACCUGGUCCUGGACGCGCGCAGGCCGGUCCGGCUCCAGGGAAAACUACAAGCACUAUAAAGACGACUAUCAAAGCCGCCAGCCAAGUGCACCCCUACAACAGAUAAACAGACUAAAUCAAAUAAACAUUUAUUUUCAUGUUGAAA